AUGCUCAGAGGGCAGGGUAAUGACGGUGUCCCAGACUCCCGUGCCAUCAAGCUCCUCCAGGACGACUCCCAGAGCAGCAGCCAGUCUCCGAUCUCGAACCUGUUCGGGGGCCAGUACAAGUCCACGCUGCGCUGCGUCAGCGGCGGGAACCAGUCGGCGAAGUUCGAGGCAUUUUCACACCUCUCCGUGCCGAUGCCUGCCAGAGCCAUACUGAUCAUCCACAUACAGCGCUUCUUCAACGACGGCGCGUGGAAGAAGAAUCAGUCCAGUGUCCUGUUUCCGCUAAAAAACCUGGACAUGUCACCGCACUUGGCUACCAAGGAUGCGCACCAACAGCACCACAGGUAUCACCUGUACGGUGUGGUGAACCAUUUCGGUUCCAUGGACAGUGGCCACUACACAGCCUUCUGCCGCGCACCCAACACGGACAGGUGGCACAAGUACGACGACCAUCAGGUGCACGAACUGAGCGGGGGGAGCGUGCGAAGCUCGGCCGGAUACUUGCUGUUUUACUCGGCCAUCUACCAGCGGCUGUAG